GGGUAGCUAAACAGGGUAGGGGGCGGCCGGCUACUCAUCUAAAAACAACCCUCUCCUAAUAAAGCGAUGGGGCCCAGGCUGCGGCGCUGCGCUCCCCGCGCCCUAUAAAUACGCUCCGUGCGCGGCCCGCGGGCUUUGGCCGGCGCGGCUCUGCAGGCGGCGCGGUGCAGUGGAGCGGAGCGAGCGCAGCGGGGCCGCCACUGCCGUCACCGCCGCCGCCAGGAAAGCCCGGGCCCCCGCACCCCGCCACCCCAACAAGAUGCCCCGGGUAGACGCAGACCUCAAACUGGACUUUAAAGACGUCCUGCUCAGACCUAAAAGAAGCAGCCUCAAAAGCAGAUCAGAGGUCGACCUCACGCGCACCUUCACCUUCCGCAACUCCAAGCAGACAUACACAGGAAUUCCCAUUAUAGUGGCAAACAUGGACACUGUGGGGACAUUUGAAAUGGCCGUGGUCAUGGCAAAACAUGCAAUGUUCACUGCAAUUCACAAGCAUUAUUCUCUGGAAGAAUGGAAACUGUUUGCUGCCAAUCACCCAGAAUGCCUUGAGCAUGUAGCAGCAAGCUCAGGUAGUGGAAAAGCUGAUUUGGACAAGUUAACAAGCAUUCUAGAGGCCAUUCCACCUAUCAGAUACAUCUGCCUGGAUGUGGCAAAUGGCUAUUCAGAGCACUUUGUGGAGUUCGUGAAGUCUGUCCGUGCCCUGUUCCCACAUCACACCAUUAUGGCAGGCAAUGUGGUGACAGGAGAGAUGGUAGAAGAACUUAUUCUUUCCGGAGCAGAUAUUAUUAAAGUGGGUAUCGGACCAGGUUCUGUGUGUACCACUCGGAUUAAGACUGGGGUGGGCUAUCCACAGCUAAGUGCUGUUAUUGAGUGUGCAGACUCAGCACAUGGCUUGAAAGGACAUAUCAUCUCUGAUGGAGGAUGCAGCUGCCCAGGAGAUGUCGCCAAAGCGUUUGGAGCCGGUGCUGAUUUUGUCAUGCUUGGAGGAAUGUUUGCAGGCCAUGACCAGUGUGCUGGAGAGAUUAUGGAAAAGAAUGGCAAGAAGGUGAAACUCUUCUAUGGAAUGAGCUCUGAUACAGCCAUGAAGAAGCAUGCAGGAGGGGUUGCUGAAUACAGGGCUUCGGAGGGCAGAACUGUGGAGGUACCAUACAGAGGGGACGUGGAACUCACCAUCCUGGACAUCCUCGGGGGCCUGCGCUCCACCUGCACCUACGUGGGAGCUGCCAAACUCAAGGAACUGAGCAGGAGAACAACAUUUAUCCGGGUCACCCAGCAGCACAGCCAGGUAUCUGUGGAAAGAGGCAGGCUUCUUUUGAAAAGCCAGAGUGAUCUGCAGGAAGAGUGAAAACUCUAGAAUUCAACUCAUAUGCUGUACUGCUCAAAAAGCCAUGCACAAGGAUUGGUACAAUUGACCAUGCUGAGGAGCAAAUCUAAGCCGUGAGCUGAUCCCUGUGGUGAUUUUGAAGUGUGUUGUGCACAUUAGAAAAAGUACAGAAUGUCAUUUAAAUAGUAUGUAUUUUAAAUGUCUUCCAUUUCACAUGUAGGACAUAAUUGUGGUAUGACCCCUGCUUUGGAGGUGAAUAAGGGCCUUAAUGAGAGCACAGGUUAUACUUGUGCUGCCUUUAAGGCCCAUUUGUCCUGCCCACAUGUCAUGAAGGAACCUGAAUGAGAAGAGAAGCAGGCCCUGUGAACAACAGACCUGAUCUCUGUUCCCUCCAGCCUGAGAGUAUUGCAUUAAGAAGAUGCCAGGCUUCUUUACCGCAAACCCUACUGUGAGCCACAUCCUGCUCUUGCCUGCACCAAGCCCAGAGUACAGGCAGUAUUACUACUCUGCAUCGGUACAGCUGUAGGAGGUCACCACUCCUUUAUUUAGGUGAUGUGAAGGAUAGAGGUACAAAGGCAGAUAAACCCCUCCGUCAGGAGUGGGGUGAGACCGUCAUGGCAGGCCUGACCACAGGUGUGUCUCCACACUCGUGCCUUCAUACAUGGGAAGUGCAGCAGUCUGCUGGUCUCGCGCCUUCUCUCGCUAGCGCUUUUCUACUUUUUUUUAGCUACAUUUCUAAAUGGAAUUUGAGAAAUACAUAUUAAAAAUAUAUAUAUUUGUAAACAUUUUUUAAAAAGAUCGUACGCACACUGAACAGAGCAGCUUGGUGACGUAUCUUUGGAACAGUUUCUUUUUCCAAAGGGCAGACGCUGGGUGCAAGGCAGGGGCUGCCCCUCCGCAGGUGUGGCGAGCAUGGAGCCUCCUCCCAGGCAGGCUGCUCACUUACACAGCCAGCCUGGCCUCGGGCCACUCUUACCCCCGCUUUCCUCCCCCUCUUGCACAUGCCUCUCACUGACCUGUGACUAAUAGGCAAGGAUGGGGAUAGGCUAAUCUUUAGUUGUCCCCCAAAUUCUCCAGGCUAUGAAUGACAUUGACGCUGAGAAUAGUUAUCGAUAAAGCUUUGGUUUAGGGUGUUUGGUUUUCUAAAUAGCUCUUACCAUCAUUUUGAUAAGCAGCAUGUUUUCUUUCUACUGCAUUUUCUCCUUCUCUCUCUGAAGUGAGCAGGAGAGAGAAAUGGGCUGCAGCAAAGCUGAAGUGGUGGCAUGUCUGCGUCUCACCCAAAGUUAUGUAUGAGUUGUGUUCAGGGACAACCCUCAACUGCAUCAGCAUUCACCAUUGACAGUGCACAUGCCCAGCUCUCAUUACAGGCUACCCAAUCGAAAAAAGAUGAUCUGGAGCACUCCUUUAAUACCCAGUCUUGUGCUGUUGUGGUUGUCCUCAUCUUCACUUAGCCUCAGGUCCUGUGCCCUGCUCAAGCCCGCUGCCACUGUCACAAGGAACUGGGGUGCAGAGGGAGCCAACGGCGCAUUACACCCAGCAGGAUGAGCCGAGCAGUGACUGCAACCACUGACAAAUGCCAUGUGCCAUUUGUGGAUCUACCUCACCUGCACAUUUAACUGGGUUCGCUGUUACUUGGUCUCCUUCUGUGGGAAAUGACAUUUGUGAGCACUUAGUGUUAAGUGAUUCUGCAUAACCGGGUCCUCUUUAACCUUUCCACCCCAGUCCCGUCCUGUCUGGAGGAGCACUGUGAGUGUGAUAACCUGUGCUGUAGGCCGAGUUCGUGCUGACUUCCCCCCAGCCAGGCUACUGUUGAGCACCCAAGCGCAAUGCUGAGGUUCAGCCCACUGGCUCCGCAGUGAUUUAGUUUAACAUACCAAAGACAGGGAUGCCGAAAAGGGUGGUGUGACAUCAUUAAAGCAAUCCCUGCUGAGCGUGUCCACCUCUGGCGUCUUGAAACAUAAGGACACCUAAACCAGCGCUGCUGCUCCAAAUCAUAUUCUGGAGUCGCCUUGCUGCAGCACAUGUCGUGGGGUGGGCUGGCCGGCCUGCUUACACACCCAGCCUGGCUUACCUGAGCUCUCCUUGGGGAGGCAGGUCUUGGCACAGCAACAACCUCGCUCAUGCCUGAAUGACCGUGUGGUGCUGCGAGGAGUGCAGACCUCCUCGUAGGCGUGAGGCCAGCCUGAUGGGGUGGGCCUUGAGCCGGCGCCCUGCCAGAUGCAAAACAAGCCCCGCAGGUCUUCUUUCUCUGAAAGAAACGAGGGGGUGCGCGCCUCCUCCCCUCUGCUUAUUGGCACCGCCAGCUGGCCUUUUCGCCCAUGGAGCAGGGGCUUGGGCUGUGCCCUUCUGGGCAGCUUACCUGAGGGCAUGGGGACGGGGCGGGGGGGGGAUGGGGGUUUGAAUGUAGGAUGGGACCACUCUGUAAAUAUGAAGAGUUGUCAGUAGGGUAGGAGGAGCCUCUGCUUACAUUUGGAGAAUCUUUUCCCAUACAAAAUGUGCCUGCAUCUUCCUUUCAGCUGGGCAAUAGCGGGAGGAGAAAGGAUUGGGGUGAGCAAGAAACACAGCAGCAAUUAGCCAAGCGCCACCAUGCUGGGACAGGGGCUGGUGUUUUCCAGUCACAGACAUGCUGAGAGUUUGAAGCCUUUUCUGAACCACGCACUCCCUAGUUUAUACCCAUCCAGCUCUGCUGCCUUGAACACACUUGCUGCUACAACUUUCUGGCAGUGUACGUACAGUGUCUGUCCAUCACCUCCUCCCACCCCUCCACCCCAGCGGAUGUUGCUUUUCAGUUGCUAAUACCAGUUUUAUACCAAAAGUUCUUUGUUGGAGCCAGGAGGGCUUUUGCAACGGGUGCCAGCUUUGGCCUUGGUUGUGUAGGAGAGAGAAAAAAAAAAUUAGAAAAAGCCAAGGCCCAAGAAGAGCAGUUUGCCUUCUGCAGCAGCCCAGCCAGCGGGCAGGAGUGGGCAGGGCCCCUCCCUGAGGGCUGGGAGCUGCCAAAGCAUGUUUGGGUUAGCUGCUGGCACAGCUCUGCGCCCCUAACCACAGCAUGGACCACCCCCCUGCAGCCUUCGCUUGGCUUGCGGUCAUUCAGGUGUUUCAGUGAGCCCUCCCCAGCAUUUACUUGUCACAAUGUUUACUGAUUGAAGUUUUCAUGCAUAAAUAAAUAAUUGAGAGUCCAAAACUCAGCGUUGCCUGCGAUAACCGUGAAACGCUUCUGCGUAAUCAGCCAAAAAGAGCCAAUGAGCGUUCGCCAUUUCCCUGCCCCGCUCGGCCCUGCUGCGAUGGUGAUGCCGGGCGCUGCCUCCCCGCACCUGCAGCAACCGCAUGUGCACCGCAGCACGGUGUUCAAAAGUUGUAAAGGGAAAGGUUUGGUUAUGCAAUAAAGAGCUUCACUCUGAUGGCCUGGAGAAGGGUUUUAUGGCCACGGAUGGGCACAUGCGUGUUUCUGCGUUGUCACGAAUAAAAGCAAACGCUCCCAAAUGCGUUGCCAGGGUGAGGUGGGGGUUAAAUUGGGCAAACGACUUCCCUAGGAAAGCUCCCUCCCAUUCAGUUGUACCUCAUAAAGACAAAACAUGCGUUUGCAAUUGGCACUGUUAUUUUAUUAGUACGAGUAUACUGAAACAAUAAACUUGUACUGGUAUACAGACAAUUUCUUUAAAACAAUUUUGUUCAAAUUUUGAAUCAAACAUUGUUUUAUUAUAAUAAUGAAAUAAUUUCUACCUAGAAAACCUGCAAGCACCAUCAAAGAAAGGGACCAUAAAAUUCAAUAAACAGACGCGAGUGUAUCCUACAAAUAGACACACCACCAUUAGAAAAUAGAAUAUGAAUUCUUCCAUUUUUUUUAAUAUUUGUUUUAAAAAAGCUAGUGCAAGUACAAUAUUUUACACUGGAAUUACAGAGAGUAUGCACGCAUAUGGAAAAAAGUUCUCCUGUCACAAUAAAAGCUCUUAACUAUG